GAGGGACAUGAGAGAAGAGUCCAGCUGCGCUCACAACAACAGCCUGAUGGGAGAAGCAGAAUGUCAUCGUCUGUCUACCAGUUCGUCUGUGGGGAGUCACGAUCCACGGUCCGCAGACUGCUGCUCGCUGUCCAGCACUGAGCCUUCAGAGGACGGCUUGUCGGUCAACGCCGUGUCCACAGUCUCGUCCGAGUCGUCCAUCGAGGGCAACAGCGGCUCGCCGACAGCACGGUCCGUGGGAGCUGAUAUUGACCUGGAGCUCAGUCCUCCGGAGCUGCUCGGCUUGGACUGGCCGGUUGGGGAACCAUCGGUCGUGACCCCAGACCCUCCAUCGCCGUUCGCCACCGUCACCAUGGCGCCCAACCCUCAGCUCACAUACGUGGAUCGUGUCGUCAUGGAGAUUAUCGAGACGGAGCGAAUGUACGUCAGGGAUCUGCGCAGCAUCGUAGAGGAUUAUCUUGUGCACAUCAUUGACACCCGGGACCUUCCCAUCAAACCAGAACAAGUGUGUUCACUUUUUGGGAAUAUUGAGCACAUUUAUGAGUUCAACAGUGAGUUAUUACAGUCUUUAGACAUGUGUGCCAGUGAUCCUGUGGCCAUUGCACGCUGCUUUGUGGACAAGAGCGAGUAUUUCGAGAUCUACACGCAGUACUGUACAAACUACCCUAAUUCAGUGGCAGUGUUGACAGACUGUCUGAGGAAUAAAACUCUGGCCAAGUUCUUCAGGGAUCGGCAGGCGUCGCUCAAGCGCUCUCUUCCGUUGGGUUCUUACCUGCUCAAACCAGUUCAGAGGAUCCUCAAAUAUCACCUGCUGCUUCAGGAAAUCGCCAAACACUUCGACCCUGAGGAGGACGGGUACGAUGUGGUGAUCGAGGCCAUAGACAGCAUGACCGGAGUCGCCUGGUACAUCAACGACAUGAAGAGAAAACACGAGCACGCCGUGAGACUUCAGGAGAUCCAGUCUCUGCUCAUAAACUGGAAGGGUCCGGAUCUGACCACAUACGGCGAGCUGGUUCUGGAAGGAACGUUUCACGUCCACCGCGCCAAAAACGAGAGAACCCUCUUCCUGUUCGAUAAGAUGCUGCUCAUCACCAAGAAACGAGUGGAACAUUACGUCUACAAGACUCACAUCUCGUGUUCCACACUGAUGCUGAUAGAAAGUGCCAAAGAUUCGCUGCGCUUCAGCGUGACGCAUUACAAGCACCCCAAGCAGCCGCACACGGUUCAGGCCAGAACGGUGGAAGAGAAGAAACUGUGGGCUCAUCACAUAAAGAGACUCAUUCUGGAGAACCAUCACGCCGUUAUCCCGCAGAAAGCCAAAGAUGCCAUUCUGGACAUGGACUCGACAUGUCCAGUAAAGUACCGCUACAGCCCAGACAGGCUGAAGAAAGCAUCGUCCCGUCAGACGGAAGAUUUCUCUGCGGUGUUAAAGGAACGGAGACGCUCGGAACCUGCGAGACGAACUGUUAGAAGCACUAAAGGCACACUUAAGCAUGCAGACAGCGAAGGUACUUUAUUAGUGGAUAAAGACCGUCUUUCCAUACUACCCUCUACCAACGUCACGACCGUGAGCUCAAACCUAGAACUCAAGUCUGCGUUACCUGGAAUGAUUCAGAACGGACAAGAUCAUGAAUCCAGCACAGGCUCACUGGAUGACGUCAAGGAUUGUAGACUUGAAGAGAAAGCAAAGAGCGCAGAGGACCGAAUAGGAGGAGAUAAUGAAGAGGAAGAUCUGAUGGGAGUCGAGCAGGAGAGAGAAGGUUGUUGGGAAAAUUGGCCAAUGAACAAAAGCAGCCAAACACCCACUAAAGAAAAUCAUGAUGAUAUGAAUGAAAGUUUGUCUCUCUUUGGACAGAGCUCAACUGGAGAAUGCAGAACGAAGACCUUCUCUCCCUUUAGCGAGUCAGAGGAGACAGGAGUGGACCAAUCAGAUAAUUAUCCCGAAAUGUGUGGGACAAUAAUGGCAGGAUGCCACACUGAUCCAGAGAUAGUACACCUCAAUAAUAGAGGACAAGAAAUCAGAGAUAAUAUGGAGGACUGUGUUGUAUUCCCAUCCCCUUCUGGACUUGAAGUACAGGAAAAGGAAGGGACUCCAGCCAGCAGGAACCUCUCAGACGAUGUGCAGAACUUGGAGGUAGAUGUGGACGUUGAAGCACCUGGUGGCCUCUUGUCUUCAUCCGUACUGGACAAGGCAAGCAAUAUCUCAGAGCGAUGUGCCAGCAGCCUCUCUCGAAGAAGUAGUCUAGGAGUCGAAGGGUCGUUUGACUUGGGCUGCCCAUCUUCUCGGUCGGAAAGUAGAAGAAGCAGUUUGCUCAGCAGUGGUGCUGAGUCCCAUGAGAAAGACAAAGGCCAAGAGUUUAGACGGUCCACUCCAGAAUCAAUUACAGAGACUGUUCCUGACAGCCCGUUCAUACCAGACCAAAGAUCUGAAAAGAAACAAGACACCCUUUCCAAAAAGGACCAAUUGCUCAUACAUAAGAUUCAGUGGUACUACAAACAUGCUGAGCACCAGGAUGCCAGCUUUGCUGUCAAACGCAGAGAGAGCCUUUCAUACAUCCCUGCAGGCCUAGUUCGUAGUCUCAGCCAGCAACUCAAUGACCUUGCAGAUGAAGAUUUGACAUUGCACAAGAGGGCGUCUUCUGUCACAAGGCCAACUUUAUGGUCUGUCUUUAAUCUUCCAGGCUUAGGGGAUGACAAGAAAGCAAUGGAUAGCUCUGAUUUUGUGGUCCCUGCAAAUGGCAAAGAGUCCAAGCUUAGAGAUCUAAGUGGGAACGAGGAAUUCCAGCCUGCAUCUGACAUGGUUAAAGUGUGGCAAGACAUGGAAGUGGAGAUAACUGGGACUUCUGAACAACAUCAGGACUCAGAGAAUUCCCAAAUGACUGCACCUGGUGAAGAAAAGAAAGCAGAAACCAGUAAGGUGAGCUCGGAUAGUGGAUUUGGGGAACCUCUAGUAAUAUUGGAAGAAUCUGAUGAAAGCUCUACCUCAUCCCCAAUCAACAACAUCUUAGAAAAGGACAAGAUGCAAGAUUUCCAGAGGCAUCCAAAUGAGGAACACAAGUUACAAGAGCGGCACAAGGUCAACCACCCUCCUCUACCAGAGAUCAUCUCCUUAAGGUCCGCCAAUGAGGAUGAACUCAUCCUUCAAGAUAUGGAGAAGAUGAAAAAUAAGGUGUUCCAUUUGGCCAGGCAGUACAGUCAGCGUAUCAAAAACAACAGACCGGUAGUAAGGCAGAGGCCCAAGAUCUCGGAGAACCAUUUUGUGCCCAAGAACCUGUCUUCGGUGAUUGAGGAGAGACCUCCAGGAAAAGAGAAAGGCAUGCCUGACAGGCCACUGUUGCUGAACUUGAAUGAGCAGGACGUUAUCCCGGACUCUACUACUACUAGUCCACCUUCCAGCCUCUGUUCUCCUGGAAGUUCUCAAUUCCUCAAUUGCAGAUUAUACGCCGAGAGACCACAAAGUCCCGUACAAACUGAGACCUUCCACUGGCCGGAUGUCAAAGAGUUGCGUUCCAAAUAUAACAACCAAAGGCAAGGUGAUGCAUCCGCCUCCUCUCAUCCAUUCCCAGUGAGUCGCAGUACUUCUUUUUCAGAAAGAGCUCUGGAGAACGGAUCGGAGAGAUCCAGAGCAUCACGUUCUGUGUCUUGUUCAUAUCCAUUCUGCAAUAUAUCAGUGCAGAGAACUACAUCCACAGAUUCUACGUGUUCCAGCAAGACCCUUGAAGGUGAAGGUUUGCCUUCACUGUGUAGAGUUAAUGCUUUUGAUUUCAGCUUGGGAUCCACUAAUGCACAUGAGCAACUGGACAGAGGUUGCAACGCUGGUCAAUAUGAGAACAACCUCAUUGUAGUUGAGAGGAUCUGCCAGAUCAAGCAUGAAGAGGGUGAUUUAGCAAUGGGGAGAGAGAACAAUAAUGAGAAUCAACUUGGAUGUGAGGGUGUUUCACAAUCUGAACUUGCAAUGGCAAACAGUAAAGAGCAGAACUUUAGUGCAUGGAUGGAAAAGGCAGAGAACGGUCAACAUAGUUUGGUUAAAAACCUGCGGGAGAGAUUUCAGAACCGGAUUUCUUAUACAUGAGACUUAUAAUGCAAAAUUUUUACUCCGAACUCUCAGAUCCUUAAAAUAACUUACAGCUAGUAUUCUGAUCUCCAAAAUAUGUAAUUUGGCCACUGUUUGAGAGGUGUAAUACAUCUUGCACAGGUUAAGCAUGAAUCUUAACCUCCAGUUAUGAAUUAUCAGCAAAUCAACUGGAAAAGUGAUCCAUGUGGACCUCAGAGAAUAUAUUUAUGAAAUUUGCAUUUGUAAAUAUAUGUAUAUUAGAAUUUUCUUGUAUUAUUUUGUGCAUAUUUCAUUGAGGUGUAAACACUUGUUAAAGGAGCUGGCUGUGUGGUACUGUAAUUUUUGUAAUGUUUGGAAAAGUGGU